CUGGCCAGGUUCUCUUAUCAUGGGAAACAAGCCUGUGAAGCAAGAACAACGAGAAGAGAUUCUCUUGAAAAUUGUGCCACCAUUGGACCAAGCUUAUGUUCGAUGGCUUGCUUGGGAUAUUGAGAGAAUUCAUGGUUUUACUCCAAGAAACCCUCGUGCAGUGAAACCCCCAGAUCAUUACAUUGAGUACAUGCGCUUGAAUGGUUGGUUGGAUGUAGACUUGGAUGAUCCAGAUCUAGCCCAUUUGUUCAAGUAAGGAGGAAUGAGGACAUAUCUCCUAUAAUCAUUGUAUUACAAUUCACCAAUCACAGUCAUAAAUUGUGUAGUAUCAGCCAGAAUAUCAUACGGAAUGCAGUGUAGGUUUAUAAUGUUGAACCCUUACAUAAUCUUUUGUUCUGAUUGGAUAAUUUCAAGGUUGUAGUAAAAAGAACUGUAAAUGAAUGCUUGGGGAGAAAUAUUUUGCCAUGUCAUAAGCUUGUGAACUAUGCUUAGAAUUGGACGGUAAAUGGAAGGGAUACAGUGGCUAUGUGAAUCAAGUUACUGUUGUAAA